GAUGGCAGCUUUCAACGCGGUUUCGGGCGCACCCAGCUGCAAGUGUGUUUACAUCCCGUGAUCUUCGUCGAUCGCUUCGGCCAUCGUGCAGUGUUUGGGGCAAAGGCUUCGACGAUGCCCGAACAUCAGAGUAGCGUCACUGGCUGGCGAGCCACGCACGUAGUCGCCUACCUGUUGGCGAUGGGAACCUCCAUCGCUGCUCUCGUGUGCUAUCGCAAAAUGAACGCCAGGCUUCACACCACGGUGGACAAGUGCCUGUUGUUCACGAAACCCUGGAUAGACGUGGACGCGUCCACCGGGAAGUGCCAGAUCGAUUACACCCGCAUCGAGUGGAGCAGCGACACGCUGUGCAAUUACGUCACCUUCGCUCUGCUCGCCUCCUUCGUGUACAGCAUCGUCGCCGUGUGGUUUUUCGUCAUGUGCGCGCCUAGCCGCGGAUCUCAGCUGCAUGACAGCGAAAUUUACGCAGUAAACGGCCACACGAUGAUGAGCAUCGUGCACGUGUGGAAGAUAGUGGCACCGGCAUCUUUGCUGAGUGGUGUGAUGGCCCUCAUCACGCUUGUCAUGGCCUGGAAAGUCACCAACGGCAUGAACAUCUUCUUCCACGACCUCAACAUGGGCAUGCAGAAAAAUUGCACCACCAGCAGCAUGAUAGGCUGGAAAGACAACACAGUGGCCUUGCUUCUCGCCGACCGCGUACCAACAAAGAUUUUUGUGUGGCUCGUGUUUUUUUGUUGGGCAUUUGCCACGUUGGCGCUCUUCAUACGAUGCAGCACUGCUGCCGACUUCAAUGAGACCAAGCGGGAGGUGACUCUUGUGGCCUCGUCUGGUACUUUGGAGCAGGACAGCACCGAAAAGAAGGUCUCGCAAAGUUCGCGGAGUUCCAGUAUGAGCCUAUUUGCGAUGAAACCACGAGCACCUCAACUUGCGAAACCUCCCUUGCUGGAUCAAGCUCACAGCACACCUAGUCAGGAACAGCCUUACGAAGGCCUCUACCAGACAUCCUCGCUCUGAAUUCCAACUAGACUGACUGAAUCCUGGCUGGACGACAUCCGGUUAGACUGGUCUCAUCAUCUGUGUGGGGCGUGCGCGGCCACUCUAGUCUACUUAUCGCAUGCGGCCUUGUUCCUAAUGGACGACACAAUGUUGUAUUUCUCUAUGUUUGUGUAUUUUGUUUUUUGUUAAAAUGACGAUAUUAUGCUUUAACUAUUCUGCAGAGUUCCUCUUUUCGAAGCAUAUUGAGCUACCAUGAAAGUUGCUGUAAAAUUUAUAAUUACGAAUUGUGAGAUUAACGAAUGUUUGGAAGUGCAUGUUUUCAGUGUUCAUUUUUUCAAAUCUCUGUGUAAACAGCGCUCAAACUUAUACGGCUAGCAUCUGUCUAGUGGCAAGGUGUUCUGUUUUGUGAACGUUCCAGCUAUCUCUUUAUAGGACAAAAAGUUGCAAUAUGCACUUUCAAAGAACACAAAAGAACUUAGAAAGUAAGUGGAAUUGGUGAAACGUUUCUCCAAAUGUGUUGCCUGUUUCAUCUCAAUCACAUCUCUUUCUAAUGUGCCCUUUCAUGUAUUUUUUACUGAUGCUCAGUCAUGGAAAUUACUGCCAAAACAAGCAGCCAAGCCUUCUAAACUUUUCGGACUCGGUGUGGGCUACAGAAAUCCACAAAAUGCAUCUCAAUAAAGAAUUUGUCGGCAUAUAUGUAAGAUUUGAACGAACUAUAGUGAUGCAUUGCUCAAUCUCUAAAAUCUUAUAAAGGGAUGUUUAAAUUCGGUUUAAAAUCACUAUGACUUUAAUCAGAGUGAAAGGACCCUUGAACUACUGUUUUUUCUAUUGCUUGGCACAGUUUUCCUUGGUUAAUGUUAAGAUAUUUGGAAGAUCUUCGGAUUCCUUGAAAAUUUUGAUCUAGUGGCUGUUCACUGCCAGCAGUGCUUUUCCUUGCUCACAGACAAUGUUCUGAUGCCUUCUAGGUCAUGAUGACCUGCUCUUACAAGACCAUAUCAGCUCACUUGCAUAGCUGUGCUCUUUUCCAUAGAUUGCAUAGCUGUUAGUAAUGUAAACAAUGUUGUUAAACAUGAAGUUUGACAUUAUAAUGCUACCAUGCUACGUGACAUAAGCUGUGACAUUGCACUGAGAAAUUUUUAGAUGUGAUCGCUUUUAAGUUCGCUUAAGUACUGAACAGUCUGCCACUCUCUUUAUCAAUAGGGUCUACUCUCUCCGUGUAAGACUAUGUAUACAAAAAGCAUCUCCAAUGUGCAGUUGUGCCGUUCAAAGAGACGAAUCGUGCUAUCAAGGAUGAUAGAAUAAAAGAAAUUUAUACUAUUCAGACAUUUAGCUCUUUCAGUUCUCGUUCAAGUGACCCACACAUUUAAUUUUUUUCACCGAAAUCCCCACUAAUUAGGUAAGAUGUUUCGUAUACUCUGCAAGUUCCAUUUUUAUUUGUACUGACUAGAUCGUCGAUGCUUAGACAUCUGGCAGCUCUCAGAAAAUGUGAGAGCUGUUAGCUAUGUAUGUUAGAUUGAAAUACGAGGUACACACUAAUUACUUAAGCAGCAAAUGACUUAAGUCUUUUGAACAAGCUUUUCACGAGGCUAGUUGAGCCAAAAGUGUGUACAGAGAACUUUCUUCGUGUCGUUUUGUUUCAUACAUAUCGUGGCCCUUGCAACUAAGCAUGUAAUUUGUAAGCAUCUGGGAUUCAGGUGAGAGUUAUUCAAGUGGAAUAUUGAGUUGUGUGAAGUGUUUAGCUUGAAUCAUCACUGUCAUUAAGCAUAUGUGUAUACAAAAACCUGUAUAACGUUUUUGUCAGGAGGACUAUUUUGGUCGGAAAUCAAGGGUCUAAUUCAAUUUGUCAAGGUGCAAUGACAAGUUGGGAAUUUCGUGGGUGCUCAUAUUUUGAUAGGGGAACUAGGAGAGAUAGAGCGUUAUUUUAAUCGAACUAAAGCCUAAUUACUAAAGUUCAACUAUAGUUUAUUGUUAAAAAGUUUAUUUAUCGAUAAAAAGUUUGUUAACUAAAGUCUAAUUGUUGGUGAAGUUUAUUACUGCAGAUUGUAGGCCUAAUGAUGGGAUGAAGAGAAAUAUUAGCGUGCAAACAAGUGACGAAAUUCGGCAAAUAUGGUUUCCACAAGCAGCAGAGAUUAGGGAUUAAAAAGACAAAUACGAUAGCUUUAUCGAAUCCAUGUUUGUGAUUAUUGCAUUCUUUUUCUCUGAGAUAGCACGUUCUUGCAUUAGUUCUCUCCAGCAACUUGGUUUAUUUUUUUCUAGAACAAGCGCACAAGAACUGAGUAGAAAGAACUUACUGAGAGUUCUGUUCGUUGUGAAUGUAAAAGAUAUUGCACUUAGCACUCUGCAACGAAUGAGUACUUUGAAUCUAUAUAAGCUAUUUACCAUUAAAUACAUUUGAUGCGGUUGAGCAUGGUACAUGGGCUAUAGUACAUAGAUUCAACAAGCUUUUCCCAUUGGCUUUUGCAGCUUGACUGGAUAGGUGAUUUUUGUAUCAAGGGUUAAGGUUGUUAUACAUGCUGUCAUACGCCACUCCAUAAGACGGGCAAGCUGACUAUCGUUUACAUUCAAAGUAAGGUAUUUUACUUGCGCACUGCAUGAAAUGCUAUAAUUGCCAUAUGUUCGAUGCAUGUUAAUCUUUUUCAAAUCGUAUGUUAAUGUUCACAAAGGUUUGAUAUCUUCUCAGUCAAUGGUAAUUACCUCAUCUUUCAUAAUCGUUGAAAGACUGUGUGUGAAGCAGUGAUAGUAGUGCCUUAUGCACCUCAAUGUUAUGUUGUAAUGGUUUGCUGCAUUUUGCUUGUAUAGUAUAUUACAGUAAUUUGCAUACCAUGUGGUAGCUUUUUUGUGAACUUUUAACUUUGUUGGCCUGCUAACCAAAGGCAUUUGCAGAAUGCUGGGUACAGCAUGGGGUAUUGUUGAAGUCCAGAUUGGAAAUUUCAUCAUUGCUGCAGGGUAGUAAUACUGGUGAAGAGAGGAUUUAGAGAAAUCUUGCAAAAUCUUGUGCUAUCUGUUCAUUUCUUCCUUGCAUUUCACUUCCAACUUUUGUAUUUUCCUUUAUGCCAAAUUUUGUGCUAAGCCGUUGGCAUAAGACGUUGUGGGAAAGUGUAGAAUUAUGCAGUUAAAGCUGCUGACAUGUAUUUUUAUAUGGCUUUAUGAAAGUGCAUGCCUUGACAGUUCACCUGUGAUUGAGAGCACCUAGCUGUCUUUAGUUUCUUCAAAAGGCACAUCAGGCAUGUAAAAGUGCGGGGUCAGACAGUUUUGAAGUUUUGGUCCAUGUAUGUCAUCAUGUUCAGAGUUGAAGAACUUCUAGAAAUAUUUGUGGAAAUUCAUCACCUUUCUGAGCUUCUACUGUGCUCAAAUGAUUAAUCUGCUCGAACGAAUGAGCAGUGAAGUGCUGUAUUAUGUUGCAGAAUGUGACAUAGUAUACAUAGUAUACACAUAGUAUACUGAUUUGAUAAAGCUAUACGAUAGCUGUUGUUCUGACCUUAUUUGUUGUGAGGCACCUUUCCUUAGACAGUUCACAAUCAUCACCAGUCUUAGUGCAGGGCAGCUGUGCAUGAAUACAAUGCUACGAACUAGUGCUGUGGUAAGUGACAUGCUAAUAAUGCAGUAGUACAAGGGUAUGAGUACUGGGUAUCACAUAUAUCACUUUUGCUGUACUUAACUGCAAACUUUGGGUCAUUCUUACUGAGAAGUUUGAAGAUUGUGCAGAUGUCUUUUAUUGAACACAGUCUUCGAUGACAAGAUAUGCCACACGAAAAUAUAUUGAGUAAGCUACUUCAGCUAUUCACUUUAGAAGUCUCAAUAAAAGAAUAUUUUAAAGGUUCUGGUUUAUAUAAGAAUUUGUGUAAAAUGCAUCACCGUGUCAUUUGUGUACGUGGUGGUAAUUUAGCUCACUGUAGUUAUUGACCUUUAUGCUCACCCUAUGCUUGUGAAAAAGACAGCAAUGUUUAUAUAGCCACGCUCACAUUUCUUGCUCACUUUUCUUGAUUCUUUCUCCACAGAGCACAGACUAUUCCUGCUCACGCCCAAUGAAAAUAUACCUUUGAAAGUAGCAUUUGUAUGGUGCAAUAGAAGUGUACAAAAGAAAUAUAGAGGUACGCAUAAUAUGAGAAGUUCCAAAAUUUUUCUCUAAGCACUUGUUGCAUAAGUGUGGCUUGUUCUAGAGCUGUUUAUCAUAUCUUAGAGUAUCCAUCAAGUUAUAGGCAGUUACAAGAAGUUUGCUUUUUGACGCAAUAUGACAUAACCAAUAGCCUCAUUGCUGAAUCAGGCGUAUUACUAUGCCAUAAGCCUAAGCUCUUUGCUAAUCUGAACUAUAGUGUGUUUGUCUCCUGCAGGUGUUACAUCAGGCAGACUUUCCAUGUUCUGAAAAUACCUGUUCACAGCUCAGAAGCCAUCAGCUUAGCAUACGCAAAGUACAAAACGUGUUAUCACUGAAGGUUUCAGUGGCUUUCUACUGGUAAAGCUCUAAGUAUACAUUUUUUACAACUGCCACAGUGAAAGACAUCUGUCAUUAUCAAUGUCUGAUUGAGCAUUACAGUGUAUACGUCAGUGCUUAUUAGACUGCUCAUUUCAUGGCACUGGGAAAGUGAAAAAUGGAUGAGGAUCAAUACAUAACUUUGUUAAAGUUUGGAAACCUCUUAUCAUUCGAGAAGAUUGCCUUGGGUUGUACUGUGGGGCUUCUACAAUGCCUUGUAUGUUGCAAGCUACAGGAGAUGAAAAAAACUAUGUAUACUCGGGGAUAGAGCUGCUACAAAUCCUACCGAAGAACAGAGUGAGUUCUUAAAGUUUUAGUCGGCCUUGAAUGUUUUCACAACGAAACUUCUGUCUCCAACUUUACCUCAAGCAUAAUCUUCUAGUUACAUAGGGCUACCCAGUUUCAGGCAAAAGCCAAUGUAGCCUUCUUGCAACCUUGAUACUAAUGCGCUAGUUCAAUGGUAGGACACUUGCUCACUACUGGUAGCUGCUCCUUGCACGCAUAUUUUUUUGUUGCAGACAGACUAAUGAACUUUUCACAAAGUUUGUUUUCUUAACUGACGUAGAACCUAAUGAAAUCCUAUAUCUACAUUUUGCUCAAGUCACUGAUGUGCACAAGAGUUUAUUGUCACUGCUAUGAAAAAAUAACGAGAUACCAAUAACUGAAGCAAUGACAUCAUAGGAUCAGUUACCACAUUGAUGUGUGUUUAUUUCCUAAGCUUGUUCACUAUCCCUGCCCCUUUUUGGUGCUGACCUUUUGUCUCCCCGAUUGUUUUCACGCGGAUUAAUGCCUUAACACUCUUCAAUGCCUAGUACCAUCCGCGUUGAAAUGUUGUGAAGCGCAGAAUAUGAGAAAAGAUGUGUACGUUAAAUGAGCUUCCGAGCAGAGCUGAGAUUUGAUACUUCUUUCUAGACCACUACAGUGCCAUGUUGUUUAGAAUAUGAUAAUCAGUCCCCGCUUUGGAUUUUUCACGCCCUCAUAUUGAAAAAGUUUUUAAAACAGACCUAUUUAGUUACUUCUUAGAUGCAGAUACUAAAACAUUCUGAUGUCAUAAACUUUAAGGAUCAUUUGAAAAUUGUAUGUUGUGUUUAUGUUAUUUUUGUGUGUGUAGUGCAAUUUUUAUGGCUGAAGCCAACACCUAAGCGGCGGAGUUCUAAUUUGAAGAUAAACUACUGAUAUAUUUGAUCUCGCGUGCUGCUACCAUAACCUAUUUAGGCAGAAGUACUUUUUGCGUUACUGGACAUCAUUAUCAUGUGCAAUCUUACAAAUGCAGUGAAAAAAUGUCUAUAAGGCCUGCCCACCCAUUUUAGUUGGCAACAUUUUUUAGAAUGAAAAUCUCAUGGCUCAUACCAAGUGCACUUCUUUAAUUGUAGCAUUAUAGGCUGCUUAAAAAAAGAUUUGAGAAGAAGCUGGGCCAUGUUGAUUUUUUUUAGUUAUUUGUAAAAGAGGUUGAAAAUAGAAGUGUUUGCUCAUGCCAUUGCUACUGUGUCCUUUUGUGUGCAAACAAUCUGUCAAGUGAUAAAAGUUCAACUAUAUCACAAAGUUUCAUUGAGAUUGUGGUUCAAUGAUUGGGGAUGUAUAAUUAUUUGUAUACCAUAAUAUACUACUAUAGUACUUGACAACAAUGUCCAACCACUUUAUGCUUACAACGAAAAUAAAAUGUGAUGAACAUAAGUUCAUGGCACAUACAACAUUGCUAAAACAAUUGUUGACUUACAACAUAGUUAAACUCAAAGUUCAUAGUUUUUUUUUGUUUUUUUUAGCUUGUGAAUGGACCAGAAACACAUAUUUUGGUUUUUCAGUGCUCUCUGCCAUAAUAGUAGCAGCACAUAUCUUGAUAGAGCUUGACAUUGAAUGCUUGUGGUGUGGUUGUUGUGUUUAUGAUAGAGCUAACUGCGUUUUCGUUUUCACGUUUUGUGAAUGGCUGUGUAAAUAUUCUCUCCAUAUGCAAAAAACUUGCAUUGUUAGCGUAGGUGUUCUAUUGGGUCCUGCAUGCAUCACGAAUAGGUGUUAUAUUGCUUGAAGCACAUCGACCAUUGUUGUACCUUUUUUCGCCAAUCAGAAUAAAAUGUGUUUGUUGACA